GGGUGCGUGGGCUGGAGAUAUAAAUACUGGAUGUUUUCAUCUAUACUCAUGUCUUUGAUGAAUUCAUAUGCAGUUGUUUCGAUUUCAUAGAUCGUGUUCUUUUCUGCAGUGUUUGUCCUCGAGAAAUUUAUACAAUCAGCAUUCGAGUGUUAGAAAAUACACCUGUGGUCCAAAUACCAUGUCCGAAGCCACAAAACUAAUCUAUCAGCAAGAUGGAGACAAGCUUCUCCAUCCCGCCAAAAUCCUCUCCAUCCUCCCCGUCUCCGCACUUUCAGUUCCAGACCAGGCAUUCCUGAAAGACUCCUCGGAAAUCGAAAACGCCAUCAUCACCGACUCCACUAUCUUCUAUGUGCAAGGCGGCGGUCAGCCCUACGAUACCGGAACCAUGACUUCGGAAGUCACUGACAAAGCUAACUCUAUCUUCGAAGUGAAAUCCGUGCGUCAGCCCGCUCAAGGAAGUCAAAUUCUUCAUCUCGGCCGGUUUGUUCCUGUCGGAACUCCGCAUUUCGAGAAUGGAGAAGAAGUGCAUCAACACAUCGAUGCCGAGAAACGGAAUUUGUAUUCGCGUUUCCACACCGCGGGACAUAUUCUCAGUCUUGCGAUUCUAGCACUCGUGCGCGAGGGGGUGCUCUCGCCGCUGACGGAAUCCAAGGCCUCGCAUUAUCCGGACUCGGCCGCGGUGGUCUUUGGGGGCUCGAUCGAGGGGAAGCAUAAAGAUGCGAUUCAGGCGAAGACGGACGAGUUUGUGAAAUUGGCGAGGCCGGUCUCGAUUCAUUGGUGGUCGAUGGAGGAGGUGAGAGAGAAGUGUAGUGGGGUGACGGAGGAUUUUGCGUUGCCGGAUGGGGAGGUCAUGGCGAGAGUCGUGGAGAUGGAGGGGCUGGGAAGUUAUCCGUGUGGCGGGACUCAUGUGCAUGAUUGUGGCCAGGUGGGAAAGAUUGAGGUGAAGAAGAUUUCGCGCUCGAAGGGCUUGACGAGAGUUUCGUAUAGAGUUGUAUAGUUUGGUUUAGCAGCAAUGGAGAUUUCAAUUUUGUCUAGUUUUAUUGAUUGAAAGUUUGUGGA